AUGCUUGGAGAUAGUGUUGGUUGUCCAACUGGAGAAGAAAUACUACUGGCAGCCACAGUACAAAUUCAAGUUGAGGAAAAAGAAGAUGAUACUGAGGAAAGUUCAAGUGAAGAAGAAGAUAAACUACCUCGAAGAGAGAGUUUGAGACCAAAGAGGAAACGGACCAGGGAUGUUAUCAGUGAAGAUGAUCCAAUACCUGAACCAGAGGAUGAAGAAACAAGGAAGGCAAGAGAAAAAGAGAGAAGGAGGAGAUUGAGGAGAGGAGCGGAAGAAGAAGAAGAAAUUGAUGAAGAGGAACUGGAAAGAUUGAAGGCAGAGUUAGAUGAGAAUAGACAGAUGAUUGCUACUGUUAAAUGCAAGCCUUGGAAAAUGGAGAAGAAAAUUGAAGUUCUCAAGGAAGCAAAAAAGUUUGUGAGUGAAAAUGAAGGAGCCCUUGGUAAAGGAAAAGGAAAACGGUGGUUUGCAUUUAAGAUGAUGAUGGCAAAGAAAUGGGCAAAAUUUCUCCGUGAUUUUGAGAAUUUCAAAGCUGCUUGUGUUCCAUGGGAAAAUAAAAUCAAAGCAAUUGAAAGUCAGUUUGGCUCAUCAGUGGCCUCAUAUUUCCUCUUUUUAAGAUGGAUGUAUGGUGUAAAUAUGGUUCUCUUUAUCCUGACAUUCAGCCUCAUCAUGUUGCCGGAGUACCUCUGGGGCUUACCAUAUGGCAGUUUACCUAGGAAAACUGUUCCCAGAGCUGAAGAAGCUUCUGCAGCAAAUUUUGGUGUGUUGUACGACUUCAACGGCUUGGCACAGUAUUCCGUUCUAUUUUAUGGCUAUUACGACAAUAAACGAACAAUUGGAUGGAUGAAUUUCAGGCUCCCACUCUCCUAUUUUCUGGUGGGGAUCAUGUGCAUUGGAUACAGCUUUCUGGUUGUCCUUAAAGCGAUGACCGCAAAUAUUGGCGAUGAUGGAGGUGGUGAUGACAAUACUUUUAACUUUAGUUGGAAAGUGUUCUGCAGCUGGGACUACUUGAUAGGCAAUCCUGAAACAGCGGACAACAAAUUUAAUUCAAUCACAAUGAAUUUUAAGGAAGCUAUAAUCGAAGAAAGAGCCGCUCAGGUUGAAGAAAACAUCCACUUGAUCAGAUUCCUCAGAUUUCUUGCUAACUUCUUCGUAUUUCUAACACUUGGUGGCAGUGGAUACCUCAUCUUUUGGGCUGUGAAACGAUCCCAGGAAUUUGCACAGAUGGAUCCUGACUCCCUGGGGUGGUGGGAAAAAAAUGAAAUGAACAUGGUAAUGUCCCUCCUGGGGAUGUUUUGCCCAACACUGUUUGAUUUAUUUGCUGAAUUGGAAGACUACCAUCCUCUCAUUGCUCUGAAAUGGCUACUGGGACGCAUUUUUGCUCUUCUUUUAGGCAACUUGUAUGUAUUUAUUCUUGCUCUGAUGGAUGAAAUUAACAACAAGAUUGAAGAGGAAAAGCUAGUAAAAGCCAAUAUUACCAUAUGGGAAGCCAACAUGAUUAAAGCCUACAAUGCAUCUCUCUCUGGACUCUCUGAAAAUACCACAGGCGCACCCUUUUUUGUACAUCCUGCAGAUGUUCCUCGAGGACCCUGCUGGGAAACAAUGGUGGGACAGGAAUUUGUGCGAUUGACAGUUUCUGAUGUCCUGACCACCUAUGUUACAAUCCUCAUUGGCGACUUUCUUCGAGCAUGUUUUGUAAGGUUCUGCAAUUACUGCUGGUGCUGGGACCUGGAAUAUGGAUAUCCUUCAUACACUGAGUUUGACAUCAGUGGCAAUGUUCUCGCUUUGAUCUUCAAUCAAGGCAUGAUCUGGAUGGGCUCUUUCUUUGCUCCCAGCCUCCCAGGAAUCAAUAUACUUCGACUCCAUACAUCCAUGUAUUUUCAGUGCUGGGCUGUUAUGUGUUGCAAUGUUCCUGAGGCCAGAGUCUUCAAAGCUUCCAGAUCGAAUAAUUUUUACUUGGGCAUGCUCUUGCUCAUCCUAUUUCUGUCCACCAUGCCCGUGUUAUACAUGAUUGUAUCCCUUCCUCCAUCAUUUGAUUGUGGCCCCUUCAGUGGCAAAAAUAGGAUGUUUGAAGUGAUUGGAGAAACAUUGGAACAUGAUUUCCCAAGCUGGAUGGCAAAAAUCUUGAGACAGCUUUCUAACCCUGGACUGGUCAUCGCUGUCAUUUUGGUCAUGGUCUUGACCAUCUAUUAUCUCAAUGCUACUGCAAAGGGACAAAAGGCAGCCAAUCUGGAUCUGAAAAAGAAAAUGAAGCAGCAAGCUUUGGAGAACAAGAUGCGAAACAAGAAAAUGGCAGCUGCAAGAGCAGCUGCAGCUGCUGGUGGACAGUAA